CAGACUCAUUAGGGGGCGUACUUAGCGUUGGCUUCUUUAUCGUUUGUCAGCGAGAACUCUCCGAUAAAACCUACCGAAAGAGCGUCAAUUCAAACUCCCAGCUGCAGCAGUAGUCUAAUAAAACGUACGCGAUUCGUUUUUCGGAGUCACCGCGUAGUUCGUCUAGAGGGUUGGCGCAUGGGGGUUGCGAGAGGGCCGUCGUGGUAUCGAUCCUCCGUUAAAACUACCCUUGCGAAGGCGCAGUGUCGAAAAGACCCUUGCAGUGCUUAAAUCCACGCGGCACAGUCCAUUUCUUCCGCGGUUAACUCCGCAUAAAGUUUUUUUUCCACAAUAAUCGGAGAUAGUGCGAGAAAUCUACGUGUACAUUAAAAUUACCAUUAAAAAAAUAACUGCAAAAAUAGGGAAACAAACGUGUUUACACCUACCCUCACCCUACUUCAUUUCUCCGCACAUAUAAAACGGAUUCGCACAGGAUUACUUGAAUAAUUAGAAGAGUUGGCAAAGCCACGGCACAAUCAUGGCGUUCGCUGGGCUCAAGAAACAAAUCAACAAGGCGAAUCAGUACAUGACGGAAAAAAUGGGUGGCGCCGAGGGUACCAAACUUGACGUUGACUUCGUCGACAUGGAAAGGAAAACGGACGUCACCGUUGAAUUGGUAGAGGAACUUCAAUUGAAGACCAAAGAAUUUUUACAACCCAAUCCAACGGCCAGGGCGAAGAUGGCUGCUGUAAAAGGCAUCAGCAAACUUAGCGGGCAGGCGAAAGCCUCGACCUAUCCUCAGCCCGAAGGUGUCCUCGGGGACUGCAUGCAACUGUAUGGUAAAAAAAUGGGAGAAGAUAGUAUUUUCGGUUUGGCUCUAAUCGAAAUGGGUGAUGCGAUGAAGCAGAUGGCCGACGUAAAGUAUUCUCUGGACGACAACAUUAAACAAAACUUCCUCGAACCACUGCACCACCUGCAGACGAAGGACCUUAAGGAAGUAAUGCACCAUCGAAAGAAACUUCAGGGACGAAGACUGGACUUUGAUUGCAAACGAAGGCGGCAAGCAAAAGCUGCUGGAAAAAGGGCUGCUAGUCCUCAUUUCGGAAGUCCGGCUCGAUCAGGUCCCGCAUCAACUUCUGUCGGUUCUCACGUUUCAGACGACGAAAUACGCCAGGCGGAAGAAAAGUUCGCGGAAAGUCUUCACCUGGCUCAGAUGGGGAUGUUUAAUCUUCUAGAGAACGACGUUGAGCAAGUCGCGCAGUUGGCAACUUUCAGCGAAGCUUUGCUCGAGUACCAUCAGCAGUGUACUGAAGUUUUGAAGGUGCUCACGGAAACGUUGUUCCUCAAAAAAGAUGAGGCGGCGAACAGGCCAAAAUUGGAAUUCGUACCGAAGACACUCGCCGAUCUCAACGUCGAAGGAAUUUCCGACUUGAAUGGUGGAAGCUAUUCCUUACACGGGUCAAGUCGGGCCGGAUCUCCGGUUCAUGGGGACGCAAAGCGUUCGCAGCUCGAAUUAUUUCCAGCUGGACAACCGCCACAGUCCGCUAAUGCAUCACCGCUGCCGUCUCCGAGUAAGUCGCCAGCCAGGACGCCAAUGAAUAGGCAGCCUUGUUGCACGGCGCUUUAUGACUUCGAGCCGGAAAAUCCUGGAGAACUAGGAUUCAAGGAAAAUGACACGAUCACCUUGCUCAACAAGAUCGACGACAAUUGGUACGAAGGCAGCGUAAAUGGUCGCACCGGUUAUUUCCCUGUGACUUAUGUCCAAGUUGUGGUGCCAUUGCCAUAAAACAAUAAAGUAUAAAUUAAUUCAAAGAAGAAAAAGGAAAAAGAAAAAGGAAAGAAAAGAAAAAAAAAAUGGAAAACCGCGUAUCAUCAUGUCUACCACCAAAAUUAUACCUACGAGUUAACACUAUUAUCCUAUAAUUGAUUGAUUAUUUGAUAAUUAAUUGAGUAAUUGAUUAAUAAUCUAUUUACUUGAAUAUUCACUUACGUUAUAACGGAUACAUUUCGAAACACUCGAGUAAAUAUUUCGCAUGAUAUGAAGAAAGAAAGUAAAAAAAGCGAACUAAAAAAAUGAAGGAAACGAGCUAGAAACUUCUCUCCGCAUGUUACAUGUACAUAAUGUUAUAAUAGUAUCUUUUAUUGGCGUUGAAGACUCUAUACACUUAAAUCUACAUAUAUCACUAAUAUCAUAAUUAUUACCAUUAUUACUAUCAUUGUCAUUAUCAUUAUUUUUGUUGUUAUUACGAUCACGUAAUGCUACUAUAAAUGAAGAAACCUCACACUUUCCUAACCCACAUAAUCCCUAAUUUCAAUCAGACUUGAUAAUUGAAUACUAUAUAAUCUAUGGGCUCUCCUUCCUUCCAUGAAUGUUGAAAAAGAAAAACUCCUGUAUUUCUCGCGUAUAUGAAGUAACCAACACAUACUCGUAUUAGAAAUACCUUAUCACGAAUGAUUGUCACCGCUUUAUUUUUUUACGUUUCAAUGAACAGUCUUGAACCUGAUUCGGUUUUAAUUGCCCUAUAAAAUUUUUUCACGUCUGUAUUACGUGGUUACUGUUGUAUUGGUUCGAAUGAGAUAACGAGUUGCAAAAUUACACUAGGUAAAGAAUCUAUUGUAAAUUAUGCGAUUUCAUGUACAGAGAUCUUUUCAAGGGUUAGUGUGCGAUGAAUUUUUGUAACCUGCGAAUUGGCAAAUAAUGAAUUAUUCAAUUAGGUAACUGCAGCAUCGAUUUCAGUCGUCCUAAUUCUUUAUCAUUAGCUACACAUUACAAUAUAAUUAUUCCCAUUAUCAUUAUUAUAGACAUUUUUUAUUUAGGAAUAAAUUAGGUAGAUGAAGUUUAGUUUAAUUAAUUGAAAUCCAGACGAUUUAUCAGGAUAGUCUUAUUACCAAGGUAGCCACACAAUACGCGGAUUACUUUUUUCCCUGAAUCGUCGUGGAUCGUAUAACGUGUAAACAUAAUUCCUGAGUAUUAGAGAAAAAUUAUAAUUAGUUACAGCGCAUCUAUUUAGAUUAACGUUGUUAUACAUAAAAUAGCGAUCAGGCGCGUGAUACUGUCGCGAGUUAAUUAUCGAAUUCCAAAAUCCCUUAAAAAGUAAUAAUAAUGGUACUAAUAGGAUUAUCCGAACACUCGGAACCUCUUCGCCUUUGACGAUGGGAACAUAAUUUCCACCGGAUAAACCGGGACAGAUAAAUUUAGCUGCAUUCAAUUAUCCCCUAGACGCCAAUUCCGACAUUAGGGAGGCUGCUGUCCGAUUUCGCGACUCUUUACAUAGGUAGGAAUAAAGAGGUAAAAAAAAAAACUAAAAAAUGAAAGAAAUAAUUAUACCAUGUACUUGAAUAAACAACGUCGAAAGUAUCUCGCGUCUUUUACUAUUAUUAGUUUGUAUUUUAACCAUUUAAAACGACGUAUUCGGUUACGCUGUAGGAAGAGAGCACAUUUAUAUUAAAUUAUAUUAUAUUACACCACAUCAUCAAUGAUAAUAUUAACAUUACAUUGAAUUAAAUGUAAAACAAACUAACAGACAAAUGAAUUAUACAAUCGCUACGUAAACGAUCAACAUCGUGCGAAUCACCUGUCAGAACAAUGAAAGUACUUUUUAAUUUAUUCGUUCGCCACGCGGUUAGGAGGAUGCAGUAUACUUGGAAAACGUUAUUAUACACGUAUACUUGCUAAGCGCAUAUAAUUAUGAUUCCGUAUAACAUUAUACUUACAUGUAAGCCAUGAAUUCACACGUAUUUAUAUUUCAUCGAAAAAAUGUAAACUUAAACAAAAAAAAUCAAAAAAGAAAAAAAAAAGAAAAAAAAGACAGAAUUCGUUCAUUUGUAACUGGUCAAUUCGGCUGUCAAAUUGUUGCAUAUAGUUAGCACUAAAAUUAUAAUAAUGAACAAACAAGGAAAGAAUAACGAUUAAAAAAUGAAAAAAAUAAACAUCUUUAAAGCUGUUUCGGAAAAUGAAUAAUGAUGAUUGUGAUCAUGAUUAUUACUGUUAUAAUUAUCACAUCGAUAUUAUUUUUAUUAUUGUUAUAAUUAUUAAUCAUUUUUAUCAUAAUGACAUUGUAUUGUUAUUCUUUGAUCUGCGUGUUAUAAUCUGAACACAUAACGAUGUCACGUAUUAAUAUUCAAGAGUCACGUAAAAGCCAAAAGAAAAUUCUUAUGAGAAAAACUUACAGAGAUCUGUAUAAUUUGUAUCGCAGAUGAGAAUUCAUGUACCACGUAUACUCAUAAAGUUAAAACUAAUGUGCAACGAAACAAAAAAUAGAAGAAAAAAAAUACUUAAAAUACACAAAAGUAAAAGUGAUAAUGAAAUUUCCUUUCAAAGUUUGAUAAUCUUUUAAUUGUGUUGCACUGCGUACGAAUUGUAUGCAGAUCUGUACAGAUACAAAGGCGUUAAUCACGUUCAUAAAAUGGCAUUAAAAUAAUUUGUGACUGAAAGAGGAACAGGAAGAAAAAUGUGGUAACUAGACAAAAAAUAUUAUACGGACGUCGUUUGCGAUAUUGCAGAAUUAAUAAAUGAUAUACACCUUAUUAAAAAACAAACAAAAAAAAAAAACGAAACAAAAAAAAUACAUACCUAGCUACCUAUCUACCUAUAGAGCAAUGAAUUCCAAGCAAAGUAUAAAUACAACCGUCAGGUUUGCCGCGAAUGGAAGCAAUCGAAGAAAAAUAAAUGAAUAAAUAAAUAAAUUCGAAGGAGGAAUAAAAAAGAAAAAGAAGAAAAAACUUACAAUUAACUACUAAUGAUACACUGAAAUUAAUUAUAAAAUACUAAAUCGGUAUCUUAUUCUAUAAAUGUUGGCUAUUGUUAAAUGUUGAAUAUUGUUCUAUGGCACGUUUCGUUGGUUAACUAAAGUACGGCGAGAAUUGAAACCCUCGCAAGCUUGCGGAAAACUUAUAAAAAAAUUCUAAUUUUUUUUCAAGCUGUGGAAUACAGUGGAGGAUGUUUUUUGAAAUUUUUUUAUCCCGUUUACGAAUUUUGAUGGCUCUUACGUUUUAUACCCAAAUGAGGGGUUUUUGACGACACUGAUAAAUAAUUAUACAUGAUACGACAAAUUAUUGAAACGGUAGCUAAUUAUACUCGAACAAAACUUAUGUAUGCGAUACGGCCGUACUGUAUUUGAUUAGCGAAACGUUCUGUAAUCUAAUUAUAAUCUAACUGCUUGGAGACCGAAUAAACUUAUAAAGAUAGUUUGUACGGUCUCUGUAAAUAAGUUGUAAAGCACUGGGCAUCCAUGGUCAAAGCGAAUAUAUUAUUUAAUUAUAUAAGUACAUAUUUAUUGGUCCCGUUUUUCUUUCGCCGCGGUUCGCCGAAUACUAAUUGAAAUUCACGAGCCAAAAUGAAACGAAAAACGGUAUCCAAUUUUUAACAUUUGACCUUAUAUGUAUACGUAUAUCUAUAUAUACCCAAUUUUCAUUCUACAAAACCACCUAUACCCAUACCUUACAUGGUUUUAUCGUCGAAUGCUAACAAAAAAAAAUAUUAUACAAUUGUCCCGCUGUUAUAUACACAAUAACCAAAGUCGUUGUAAUCACCCCGAAAAAUGAAAGUCGAGUUUUCACUAAAUCUCCAAGUUUUGAGGUCUGGAGAAUCACCACGACCGAAUUCAGUUGGUCGUUUGUAUGUGUGUUGCGUGUACGUGCGAAUGCGUGCGAUUAAAUUUAUGAUCGAUGAUAACUUGAUAACGACCCAACCGAUUCUGACGUUUCUAGUCUCAAUCGACGAGGAUCUUCGCGACUUAGAACCGUUGAGAUUUUGGACUGAUUCGCUUCUGUUGUUUUUUAGUAAUUUGAGAAAGGAAAAUUUGGAAAGAAAAAAAAAAAAACCCAGUCUAUGGAUUUUUAUGGAAUUGAAAAUUUAUUCAGGACUAAGAAAUUGACUGAGGCCGAUUAAAUUUUUAUUUUGAAAUUCGAACCAAAUCCGAGCGGUGAUUUUGAGGGCUCGCCAAUUAAUGUCAGCCGGAUCAACCGCUUGUUUCCACUACUAUUAUACUUUAUCCCCCUCUCCCUCUUAUUAUGUACCUAUAUAGUCGUUGUAUAAUCGGAUAAUAUAAAAAAAUGAUCAGAGGAUGCAGCACAGUGAUACUUUCAAGACAAUACAUAAUGAUUAAUUGUACUUAUUGGUAAAUUAAUCUACUAUAUAAUUAUUAAACUCUGAAUAAAAAGAAAGAAAAAAAAAAGAAAAAAAAAACUUAUAAGACAUACGAUUUCGGUCAAUGCUAAAUGAUUAUUAUAUAAAUAAUUAAGAAAUAAAGUGUGCUCUAUGUCAUCACCAA